AUGGUACAUAGCGCGCAGUACGCCGGUAGGAACAAGAAAGCAACGCUAAUACUGGAAGCCGUUGCGGAUCAGGAUUUAUGGAUAUGGAAUUCCUUCUUUGGUAUUCCCGGAUCUUGUAAUGAUCUUAAUGUGUUGUACCGUUCACCAGUGUUCGAUGAGGUUCUGCAUGGUCGAGCUCCUCCGGUAAAUUUUACAGUUAACGGCCAUGAAUACAACAUGGCUUAUUACUUAGCCGACGACAUUUAUCCGAAGUGGGCAACUUUUGUUCAGGGUAUCACAUUCCCUCAACUGGCCAAAGAUAAAAUGUUUGCUGACCACCAGGCUGCCGCUCGAAAGGACGUUGAAAGAGCUUUCGGUGUUUUGCAAGCUCGAUUUGCAAUAAUACGAAAAUCGUCGCUGGCGUACGAUGAGGACAUACUGCGGGACAUAAUGAAAGCAUGUAUCAUUAUGCACAACAUGAUUGUUGAAGAUGAGCGCCACAACUACACUCGAGCCGAAGUUCUAAGAGCCUUCUACGAAGAAGAUCAACAAGAAUUAACACCAGCAUCAACGUCUACAACGCCACCGUUUGAAUUCAAUGUAGGCCGACCUACCUGA